AUGGCUCCGCAGAAAGUGCCAACGUUCGCCAAUUCGGCAGCCUUAGCAGAGGUCCUGGAAUAUGUUGACGCGAAUUGCAGAUCGCGAGGAAACAAGGAACACCAAGUAGAGCGUUUGCAGGAGUAUAUCAAGGACCACGAAGUACCUGUCGUGCUCUCCAGCCAGGGUACCAAUAUUGAAGGGUUGCCCAGGGAGGUGGCAGAUGCAGUAACACUAAGAGACACGCUUCGAUGGGUCGUACGAGAGCACAAAAGCGACGGCGCUGGCGCCAAAAGGGGUGCAGGCCCUAAAGACAUCAAUGAUCUGUUCAUGCGCGGCGUGACGCAAACGCUCAAGCGAGACUAUCUGCAGUCCAUUGGGUGGACAGCACAGGACUCGUCAUCCGACGCUCCUCGACAGGCUACGGAGCCAAUGGCGGAGGAUGCGCGGAGCCCAAAAGUACUCAUAAGACGAUCACAAGUUCCAGAUCCCGGAGUGCUUCACAGCAGUAAGGGCCUCGACGUUCCACCGAGGCCUGCAGCUCCUCCAUUGGCCCCUUCGAAAGUUCCAUUAUCUCACGGAUCGGGUCACGCGAAUACGAGGCGAUCAGGAGCCGCGGAGCAGCACAUGAUGCCACAAGACCGACCAUCGCCAGAGUUCUCGCCCAUAGCGCCAGUACUGCCUCUCUUCAGAGCAACGCAGGUGACAGACCAGCAUGGAAGGCCACAGGUGCCAAGGGCAGCAUCGUAUGUGGAGACAUCGUCGGCAUCUGUUUUGAACAAUCAGUCGGCACUCCACAGACCAGUGGAAUUUGUUCAUGGCACAAAGCGGGGACACUCCUCAGCGACAACGAGUGAGGGACCUUUGCCACUGCCUGAUCACAGGCUGGCCGUUGCACGUGCUACCAAAACACCCAAGAUAGGGAUGCUCCUCUCACUAGCGUACAGUCUUGCGGAUCAGCGCAACGCGAUCGAAAGACAACUCGACCCAUCGGGCAGCCUUCCUUUACCGGAACUGGCUCCGACUGUGUUGCCGCUUCCGAGACACGAGCGUGUGCUUGACAAUGGAGGCCCAUGGGUUCAUGAGAAGACGGAAGCCAUCAAGUCAGAUAUCGGGGCUGCUGUGAACGCUUGUACCACGCAACAUGGCAUCGAUCCGAAUGCAAUCACGAAUUUCUGCGCUACGCCUACACCAGAUCUUCAUCAACUGUAUUGUGUAACGUUCGGCACCAUGCAUUGGGAGGAAGCUGUUGUCGCCGCACAAUGGCAGCAGCCGGGAGUAAGUCCAUCAUCCGCCACCGUGUCGAAGGCAGUGGUAGGCGCUGCGAUUCACGUCAAGGUCCUGUCGGCAGAAUCUCCAGAUUGGAAUUGUGCCAGGCGCCUCAAGGAAACAUUAGGGGAGCAUGGCUAUCGCCACUUCGAGAUUACCACAAAGGCGUUUGGUUACGAGCCUGAUGUCUUCCUUGGCUUUAUGUCCCGUGCUGAAGUCCGAGACCCCAAAUUUGUGCAGACUGUGGUUGCUGAGCAUGCAAGGCCCUUGCAUGCACGCUUGUGA